CACCGUGCCUUUCAGGAUGUGGAAUUCGUGUGGAGAUUCGUCGUGGUAGAUCAUAAACCUUAAGCCUGGAAUGGUCUAUGCCUACAUGUUUAGCUCAUCCUCAAACAAAUCAUUUGCAAUUAGGUUAGGGCCGUCUGCUGUAGAAGGUAAUAGAAAGAGAAAGGUUGGCCAAAAAAUGUUAGGAGCCUGAAAUUUAAAAGCAACAAACAAAAACCAGAGAGGAGUACCCAAAGGGAGCAGCACCCAGCAAGCCCCUGUCGUGAGUCAGCACAGGGGAGGCCCAGCCCCCUCCAGGGGAGCCUGGUUAAGGAUCGGACUCAGGGGCUGGGCUGGGCUGUGUAAGCUGCUGCUGCUUGUCCCAAGACCAAGUCUUUCCCUUCCUCGGCUGCUUAAACUUUUUUUUUUUUUUAUUCUGUGGCUGGAAAGAAGUGUCACAUUUUGCUCACUCCCAACCCUCCCCCCCACACCCUCUGAGACCCUGAGCGGGUGGAGUGUGGAGGGGGUGCUGUGAGCCACCUCCAGCCUCGGGUGACUGCUGGAACUAACUUCAGCUCCCUCACUGCAACGCUAUGAAGUUCCUCGGGAAGCCCAGGAGCCAGACAGCUGCCUCUCUGCCUCUCUGCUUGCUCUUUUUGAAAAUUCUGCAACCAGGGCACAGCCACCUUUACAACAACCGCUAUGCUGGUGAUAAGGUGAUAAGACUUAUCCCCAAUACAGAAGAGGAAGCACAUGCACUGAAGAAAAUAGGCCACCAGCUUAAGGUGGACCUGUGGCAGCCCAGCAGUAUCUCCUACGUCUCAGAGGGAACAGUUACUGAUGUCCAUAUUCCCCAAAAUGGUUCUCAAGCCUUGUUAGCCUUCUUACAGGAAGCCAGCAUCCCAUACACGAUCCUCAUAGAAGAUCUUCAGAAAGCACUGGAAAAGGGAAGCAGUUUGCAAACCCAGAGAAAUAGAAGAUCCCUCUCUGAAUAUAAUUAUGAAGUUUAUCACUCCUUAGAAGAAAUUCAAAAUUGGAUGCAUCAUCUGAACACUACUCAUUCAGGCCUCAUUCACAUGUUCUCUAUUGGAAAAUCAUAUGAGGGAAGAUCUCUCUUCGUUUUAAAGCUGGGCAGGAGAUCACGAGCUUACAAAAGAGCUGUCUGGAUAGACUGUGGUAUUCAUGCAAGAGAAUGGAUUGGUCCUGCCUUUUGUCAGUGGUUUGUAAAAGAAGCUCUUCUAACAUAUAGGAGUGACCCAACCAUGAGAAAAAUGAUGAAUCAUCUGUAUUUCUAUAUCAUGCCUGUGUUUAAUGUUGAUGGAUACCAUUUCAGCUGGACCAAUGAUCGAUUUUGGAGAAAAACAAGGUCAAGGAACUCCAGGUUUCGCUGCCGCGGAGUUGAUGCCAAUCGUAACUGGAAAGUGAAAUGGUGCGAUGAAGGAGCUUCUAUGCACCCUUGUGAUGAUACAUACUGUGGGCCUUUCCCGGAAUCCGAGCCAGAAGUGAAAGCUGUAGCUAACUUCCUUCGAAAACACAAGCAUCACGUCAGGGCUUACCUCUCCUUUCAUGCGUAUGCUCAGAUGUUGCUGUAUCCCUAUUCUUACAAAUAUGCAACCAUCCCCAAUUUUAGCUGCGUGGAAUCUGCAGCUCAUAAAGCAGUGAAUGCACUUCGCUCAGUAUAUGGGGUGCGGUACAGAUACGGACCUGCCUCCAGCACACUCUAUGUGAGUUCUGGUAGUUCAAUGGAUUGGGCCUACAAAAAUGGAAUACCCUACACAUUUGCUUUUGAACUGCGUGACACUGGACAUUUUGGAUUUUUACUCCCAGAGGUGCUCAUCAAACCCACCUGCACAGAGACCAUGCUGGCCGUCAAGAACAUCACAAUGCACCUACUGAAGAAGUGUCCCUGAGAUGGCCAAGCGACAGGUCAACAGCCACAGAAAGAGCCGAUUCUGCACAGCAGCUGAGGGCAGUGGGUGAAAGGUGUUUUGAAAGAGGGGCAACUGCUUGGAGUGCAUGUAUCUGUGGACUUUUAAAGGGACUUCUCAUGCAAUUCAACUCUGUAGCAAUAAAAAGUGGUUAAAAAUAAAAUAAAUAAAAGUUUGUUGUAAGCAAAAGCAUCCAUUUUAUAUCCUAUUAGAGUCUCAUUUGAUUAAGGUGGGGGAUAAUUUUAAAGUCUUUUGUCUCAUGAAAUGUACAAAUUGAGGAUGUCACUUCAAUAAAUCAUCUGUUCUCAAUUAAGAUCUA